AUGCGCGGGAAGUUUCACUUGAGACAGUUACAUAACAGCAACUUUCAACUUCAACUACCCACCAAUUCUCCCAAACUCCAUUUGAAAGAGAAAGACCCACACAUUGUGAAAUGCACAAAAGCCAUCUCUACCCACAUGCGGAAUGGCCACUGCGACUUGGCUCUCCGUGUCUUCGACACCAUGCGGCGUCGAAACUCCGUCUCCUACAACGCCAUGAUAUCUGGGUACUUGAGGAACGCAGAGUUCUCUCUUGCAAGGGACCUGUUUGACAGAAUGCCCCAGAAAGACUUGUUUUCCUGGAAUCUAAUGCUUACUGGCUAUGCCAGGAACCGCAGACUCUAUGAUGCCCGCGUGCUGUUUGAUUCAAUGCCCGAAAAGGAUAUUGUUUCCUGGAAUGCCAUGCUGUCCGGGUAUGUCCGGAGUGGGCACGUUGAUGAGGCAAGGGAAGUUUUUGAUAGGAUGCCUCACAAGAAUUCCAUCUCCUGGAAUGGGUUGCUUGCAGCAUACGUUCGGAGUGGGAGACUCGAGGAGGCUAGUUACUUGUUUGAGUCCAAGUCAGACUGGGAGUUGAUUUCUUGGAAUUGUUUGAUGGGUGGGUAUGUGAAGAGAAACAUGUUAGGUGAUGCCAGCCUGCUUUUUGAUCAAAUGCCUAUUAGGGAUGUAGUUUCCUGGAAUACCAUGAUUUCAGGUUAUGCACAGGAUGGAGAUUUGUCACAGGCUAGGAGAUUGUUUGAAGAGUCUCCAGUAAGGGAUGUUUUCACGUGGACAGCAAUGGUUUAUGCAUAUGUGCAGAAUGGAAUGUUGGAGGAAGCGAGGAGAGUUUUUGAUGAAAUACCAAAGAAAAGAGAGAUGCUGUACAAUGCAAUGAUUGCCGGUUAUGUGCAAUACAAGAGAAUGGACAUGGCAAGGAAGUUGUUUGAGGCAAUGCCUUUUCCAAAUAUAGGUUCAUGGAAUAUCAUGAUAAGCGGUUAUUGUCGGGAGGGUGAUGUAGCACAAGCUAGGAAUUUGUUUGAUAGGAUGUCUCGGCGUGAUUCUGUAUCUUGGGCAGCUAUUAUUACUGGUUAUGCUCAUAAUGGUCACUAUGAAGAAGCAAUGGACAUGCUUGUGGAGAUGAAACGAGAUGGAGAAGAUUUAAAUAGAUCUACCUUUUGUUGUGCUCUUAGCACAUGUGCUGAUAUAGCUGCUUUGGAGUUAGGGAAACAAGUUCAUGGACAGGUGUUGAAAACAGGAUAUGAGAACGGGUGUGUAGUGGGGAAUGCACUUGUUGGAAUGUAUUGUAAAUGUGGCUGCAUAGAUGAAGCUUACGAUUUGUUUCAAGGAAUACAACAUAAAGAUAUCGUCUCUUGGAACACAAUGUUAGCUGGUUAUGCUAGGCAUGGAUUUGGCAGGCUGGCUUUAAAAGUAUUUGAGUCAAUGAUCACAGCAGGGGUUAAACCUGAUGAGAUUACCAUGGUUGGUGUUCUAUCAGCUUGCAGUCAUAUGGGCUUGACAGACAGGGGUACUGAAUAUUUUCAUUCAAUGGAUAAGAAUUAUGGUGUAAAACCAAAUUCAAAACAUUAUACUUGCAUGAUCGAUCUUCUUGGUAGAGCAGGUCGUCUGGAAGAAGCGCAGAACGUAAUCCGAAACAUGCCUUUUGAGCCAGAUGUUGCAACAUGGGGAGCUCUAUUGGGUGCAAGCCGAAUUCAUGGCAAUAUGGAGCUGGGUGAGAAGGCUGCUGAGAUGGUUUUCAAGAUGGAACCUCAUAACUCGGGAAUGUAUGUUCUUCUUUCAAAUUUAUAUGCAGCUUCUGGGAGAUGGGUCGAUGUUAGUAAAAUGAGAUUGAAAAUGAGGGAAGUUGGUGUUCAGAAAACACCAGGGUAUAGUUGGGUUGAGGUACAUAACAAGAUUCAUACAUUCACAGUUGGGGAUUGUUUUCACCCAGAGAAAGGUAGAAUAUAUGCCUUCGUAGAAGAGUUAGAUUUAAAAAUGAAACAAGACGGGUAUGUUCCUUCAACAAAAUUGGUCUUGCAUGAUGUGGAAGAGGAGGAGAAGAAGCAUAUGCUAAAGUAUCACAGUGAGAAAUUAGCUGUAGCAUUUGGAAUUCUAGCUAUACCGGCUGCUAGACCAAUACGUGUCAUGAAAAACUUGCGAGUGUGUGAAGACUGUCAUAAUGCCAUCAAACACAUAUCCAACAUUGUUGGAAGGUUGAUAAUCGUAAGGGAUUCUCAUCGAUUUCAUCACUUUAGCGAGGGUAUUUGUUCAUGUGGGGAUUACUGUUAUAGGAGUAAAAGACGAAGCAGAAGCAGUACAUCUUCAUCCACCACCACCAACUCCGUCAAAGUCAAAGACCCUGACAUUGUCACAUGGACCAAGGUCAUUUCUUCCCACAUGCGCAAUGGCCACUACGACUCUGCUCUCCGUGUUUUCAACUCCAUGCCUCGCCGCAGCUCUGUCUCCUACAACGCCAUGAUAUCUGGGUACCUGAGGAACGCAAAGUUCUCCCUCGCAAGGGAUCUGUUUGAUAAAAUGCCCGAGAGGGACUUGUUUUCCUGUAAUGUUAUGCUCACUGGAUAUGCCAGGAACCACAGGCUCGGCGAGGCCCGCAAGUUGUUUGACCUGAUGCCUGAAAAGGAUGUUGUUUCCUGGAAUGCCAUGUUGUCUGGGUAUGCCCAGAAUGGGUUUGUUGAUGAGGCAAGAGAGAAUGGGCUGCUUGCAGCUUAUGUUCAUAAUGGGAGACUUGAGGAGGCUCGUCAAUUGGUUGAGUCUCAAUCGAACUGGGAAUUGAUUUCUUGGAAUUGUUUGAUGGGUGGGUAUGUGAAGAGAAACAUGUUGAGUGAUGCUAGGCUGAUUUUUGACCAAAUGCCUGUUAGGAAUGUCAUCUCCUGGAACACUAUGAUUUCUGGUUAUGCCCAGGUUGGAGAUUUGUCUCAGGCUAAGAGGUUAAUCUCCAAUUCGGGACGUGUUCACAUGGACAGCGAUGGUGUCUGGAUAUGUGCAGAACGGAAUGAUGGAUGA